AUGCCACCCAAAGAACCCCCAAAGAAAUGGAAGGCCCCAAAAGGCCCUAAACCAAUCCAACGUAAGAAUAAAAAUACUAUUGGUCUGGGUAGAGCUAUUCAAUCCGCCCGUAAGAAAGAAAACAGUAUUGAGUUCUUGCCAGACGGUGAAAUGAGAUUUACCACUGAUAAACAUGAGGCUAAUUGGGUGAAGUUGAGAUCCGUUACUCAAGAAUCUGCUUUAGAUGAAUUUUUAAGUACUGCAGAAUUGGCUGAUAAAGAUUUCACAGCGGAUAGACAUGCAAAUGUCAAGAUCAUUAGAAUGGAUGGUGGCGUGAACAACCCGCAGACGCAAGUAUUUGGGUUAUCAAAUGAACAGAAGGAAAAAUUAAAUGAAAAACAGAGGGCCCACGCAAAGGAGUUGAUCGUUCCAAGGAGACCAAAAUGGGACAAUAAGACUACCAAAUUCCAAUUGGAAAGAGCGGAAAAUGAAGCAUUUUUAGCCUGGAGAAGAAAAUUGGCACAUUUACAGGAAUCUAAUGAAGAUUUACUAUUGACUCCUUUUGAAAGAAAUAUUGAAGUUUGGAAGCAACUUUGGAGAGUCGUGGAAAGGUCUGAUUUAGUUGUCCAAAUUGUCGACGCCAGAGAUCCUUUACUUUUCAGAUCUGUCGACCUAGAAAGAUAUGUCACUGAAACAGAUGAAAGAAAGCAAAACCUUCUUUUGGUUAAUAAAGCAGAUUUGUUAACAAGAAAACAAAGAAUUGAAUGGGCAGAAUAUUUCACAUUAAAAAAUAUUUCAUUCACUUUCUACUCUGCUUUAAGAGCCAACCAGUUACUCGAAUUACAUGGUGAAGAUUAUAGGGAUCACGAUCUAAGUGCUGAAUAUGAAUUGCUUGGUGAUGAAGAAAAAGUAGAUGAAACUGUUGAAGAAAAGAUUAAAAUUUUGAGUAUUGAUCAAUUGGAAGAGUUAUUUUUAUCUAGGGCACCAAAGACGCCACUCACGGAACCUUUACCGGGACAAGCUCCAAUUUUACAAAUUGGUCUUGUUGGUUACCCAAAUGUUGGUAAAUCAUCAACAAUUAAUUCUUUGGUUGGUGCCAAGAAGGUCUCCGUCUCUUCUACACCAGGUAAGACAAAACAUUUCCAAACCAUAAAACUAUCUGAUUCUGUAAUGUUAUGUGAUUGUCCAGGUUUGGUCUUCCCUAAUUUUGCAUACAAUAAAGGUGAACUGGUUUGUAAUGGUGUUUUACCCAUUGAUCAAUUACGUGAUUACAUGGGACCUGCAAAUCUUGUUGCACAAAGAAUUCCAAAAUAUUUCCUAGAAGCUGUAUAUGGUAUUCAUAUUCAAACAAAAACUGGUGAUGAAGGUGCUAUUAAAGAAGAUCAAGUUACUGGCCAAGAACUGUUGGUGGCUUAUGCUAGAGCAAGAGGGUAUAUGACACAAGGUUUUGGCUCUGCAGAUGAAUCUCGUGCCUCUCGUUAUAUCUUGAAAGAUUAUGUUAAUGGUAAAUUACUUUACAUCAAUCCGCCACCACAUCUAGAAGAUGACACUCCAUAUUCUAUUGAAGAAUGUGAAGAAUUCAACAAAGAUCUAUACACUUUUGAAAGGUUACCAGAAACGAGGAGAGAACAAUUAAAGGAAGCUGCAAGAGCCAAAGGUAUAGAUGUUAUAGAUUUAGAACGUGAUUUGAAGAAUUUAACAUUCUCAGCACAUAUUAGUGCUGAUAAAGAAAGUGAAGCCAAGUCAGUCACGCAUGGUGGUAAACAAGCUGCUUUAUUCAAUGCUGCUGAAGAUUUAGACAAGGAUUUUUUCAAAAUGAACAAUAUUGAAGGACAAUUAACGAGUCCAUUCCAUAAAAAAGGUGGAAAUGCUGGCAAUGGUAAAAAGCAUAAUAAGAAAAACAAAAAAAGCAAAAAGAAGGCUAUGAUGAUGAGUGAUUGA